AUGGCUUUUGCGAACGAUAUGGACGAGCUUUAUGGUGCUCUCUCUUUCAAUGAUGACGAAGAGGCACAAAAGAAAGAAGUUCCGGUAUACACCGGAAGUGAACUUGCUGAAAUAAGUCCAAAUGACAUGAUCAUUUAUGAUAUUAAGAAUGAACAACUGGUACAUGAUCAGACCGUUGCAUUGCAGACAUCGAUGAUAUUUUGCGAACAGAUUGUUAUGGCUGCCUAUAAAGUAGCUGAAUAUGUUCUUGAUUUAAGCAACAGUAAAUAUGCGGUCUUUUGGAAAGAACAAGUCAUUCCUAAUUUGGUUCAAAGUCUGACGCAAGAUGUCCGAGCUCGAUCUAUUAUUGUACGAUCUCUCUCAGCAAUUCAAGGUCUUGGAAUUCAUAUUCAAAAAGCUGGAGAAAUUGUUAAACAAAGCAGAGGAUCUCCAAGGGCUAUUGAAAUUGCACAAAAAAAUAUCACAGCGGCUUUGAAAACAUUAGAUCAAUGUAUUGAAUUGGCUUCGACCUUGGAAAAUUCUGCUAUACAAACCUUUGCCAGUCAAACUAAAACAUUAUUCGAAAUCAUCGGUUCUGAAGCAGUACAAUUUAUUAAAGAGAAAGCUGAAAUUCAAUAUCAAUUGAAAGAACUUUACGAUCAGCAACAAAAGCUCUAUGCAGAACUUGGUCCAAAACAAGGAGAAGUCAAACGUGUACAUCAUCUGAUUAGUGCAACUGAAAAGCAGCUCACUAGUACAGCCCAAACACUAACAGAAACUAAACGACGAACGGACGCACUGAAUCAAAUGAAUGCUGACGUCGAACAAACUAUCAAAUCUAUUCCAGUACCAACUCCACAAACUGUCACCACAACGACGCAUCAAAGCAAUGGAAUAUGGUGGUUCUGGUGGCGACGAUCCAGUUCGUGUACUACGACAAAUACUGUUAUGGUUCAAAAUCCUAAUCGAGAAGGAGAGAAAAAUUACUACGAAAGUAUCGUGUUAUCACGUAUGGCACGCAUACGAGAAAAUCAAAAUGAUGAAGCUGCAAAACAGCGAGUUAUGAGCGACUUAAAUAUAUCUCUUAGUGAACAUACAAGCAAAUAUAUGAAAGCUACGACUGAACUUCAAGAUUGUAAAAAUGCUCUGCCAGCAAAAAUUGCAUCUCUUCAACAACAAAUUGACAUAUUACAUCAGAGAAUAGUAGAUCUUGACAAGAAGGAAAUUGAUAUUGGCAACAAAGUUGGUCACCAAGGAAAUACUCUUAUUCAAUGUUUGAUUGAAGUGCGAACGUUUGCCAAAUCAAUUAAAGGUGGAGCAUCAGCCUAUGGUCCAUUAGUUUCUAUUCUAAGUGCGAUGGGUCAAAAUGAUGUUGAUUUACUGACAAGUACGAGAGCAUCAGAUGUUUUUCUUGCUGAAAGUCGUCUUCUGCAACAAGUUCAAUUACUUUCGAAUUAUUCAUCAACUGCUAAUAAAGCUUUGCAAUCUUCUGCUCAAUAUAAUUCUCUCGCUAAUGCAAUUGAAUUUAAAACGAAGAAGACACGAGAAAAUAACUAG